AUGGUUGAGAAGAAAUGUGGAUUGGUGAAGGACAUUCAAUGGUUGGCUAAUCUUGGAAUUUGUCUUUUGAAUUCUGAGGAUGGAGGUAUGAUUGUACAAGAGGUAGUGAAGUUAUCUCUUAGUGUAGAGAUAAAGGAGAAGCAAGUUUUAGACCUCAUCUUGAUGCAGUUUAAGGCUGAGGAAAGAGUUUUGACUGAGGUUCAUAAGUUGAGGUAUGUAGUUCAUCCAGUCUUGACAAAGAUGUAUCAUGACCAGAAGGAGUUUUAUUGUCGGAACAACAUGAAGAGAGAUGUGGCGAACUUCGUGGCUAAGUAUAUGGUAUAUCAUUAUGUAAAGAUUGAGUACUUGAGGCCCGGCGACAUGUCACAAGAGGCCGAGUUGCCUAUGUGGAAAUGGAAAGUGAUAAAUAUGGAAUUUGUUAUUGGUUUUCCAUGUUUGGUGGAUUAUUUACCUCUCAUCGGGUUUGCUUAUAACAAUAGUUACAACUUAAGUAUUGAGAUGGAUCCUUUUAAGGAUCUUUAUGGUAGAAGGGAUAGAUCUCCUAUUGUGUGGUUUAAGGUUUGUGAGACCAGGUUGUUUGGUUUGGACAUGGUUCACCAAGCAAUGGAGAAGGUGAAAGUGAUUCUGGAUAGGCUUAAUACUGCUCAUAGUCACCAAAAGUACUAUACGAAUAUGAGGCGAAGAAAGUUGAAGUUUAAGGUUGGUGAUUAG